AUUCUCAACAUGUAAUGGAGCAUCAGAUAUCUAUGAACUCGAACUUUGCGUUGACAUCUCCUUAUGCAGAAAAAAUGAAGUACUGGGAUAAAAAGAAACAGACAAUGUCGUAUUAUCAAAAAGAUCCACCUAAACAAAAACCUGGAAGAAAGAGGCAGUUAAGUGUUACAGAGGAGUUUGUGCUGGUGUUGUGUAAGCUAAGGCUUGGACUUCUAAAUAGGCACUUAGGUCAAAUGUUUGGGGUGUKCGAAUCUUCAAUCAGUGACACUGGUGAAAAACGCACUGCRYAUGCGUUUCCGAAAAAAAGCAAAAUGGCGGAGUAUCGAAUAAUGGUUAAAAAAUAGAGGCAAAUUUCUAAGUUUUUACUCACUUUUURAGGACUUGAUYGACAAAAGGCACGAAGGUAUGUAAUACUAUAACCGUCAGCACUAUUUGUGAUUAAUUUCUUCUUGAAUUUACGGACAAUAUCGGACUU